AUGGCUGCUCUCACGGCUUUCCUCACUCUGUCUGUCUGUCUACUUCUGCCUCAUCAAACAUUUGCUAAAAACGACGCACCCUGCCAGCGCUCCAAAUGGAACAAUGGUUACAGUACCUUCGUCAGACGCCACAUUCGCGAUGGCACUCCUACAUCUGUGGACCAGAAUGAGUGGGAAAAAUACAUCAGGAACAACGGGGGCUGUGACAGACCCACUCAAUCCUUCCUCCACCCAAAAGACCAGGACAGGGUGAAUGAAGUGUGCACAGAUAAAGGAGGGAAAAGAUUCAAGGAGAACCUGUGCAUCAGCAGGGAGCCUUUCACUUUUGUAACUGUAAGGAGCGAGCCGGGGACAUGUGGGAUCAGGAGCAUCCGGCAGGAAACUAAACAUCUGAUCCUGGCCUGUGAGGUGCUGAGCAAUCAGUGCCUGCCAGUCCACUUUGAGGGAAACCCUGAGAACUUCAAGCCAGACAACAACGCCAAAGGCUGCCAGGGCGGAGACCCUAAAGGUGACGCUCCCAGCACGAGAACAACCUGGCUCUGGCUGUUAUUGGCUCUGCUUGUGCUUGUUUUCAAUUUCAGAAACUAG